GUCAAAUGCGCCAGAAAUGAGGUGUUCAAGCAAGAAUAUAUCUGAAUAUAUUUAGUCAUCUAAUAAUGUAAUAUGGCCAGGUGAAGACCUUUGUGGGUUGCCAGUUUGGUCUGGUUUCUGUGCAGAAAUGUCCCUUAAAUCGCAGUUUUGGAGUUGUGAGGAGAUGUAAUCUAAGGCGAGAGAGAAAGCUGGUUCAAGAAACAUGGCGAAUCAUUCUGUACCGUCGUCAAACGCUGGCGGAGUUUGGAAUCGUUUGUCGAAAGACGAGUUCCAGCAGCUUCAGGAGUACACAAAAUAUUCAAAUACAAGCCGUCUCACAGAUGUUCUGAAGCAGUUCCGUGAUGGAGUGUACCCCAAGUAUAAUCCAGAACAGCCUAUGGAUUAYGAAGGCUUCAAGCUAUUCAUGUUUGCAUACCUGGGCGAUGAUGCUAACGAGGACAUUUGUAAGCAUCUAUUUCGAGCUUUYCAUAGAGAGGUUGCAGUCAAGAGCCUCCAGUCACCGUCACUGUCUGUUGGAGUAUCUCAGACAAUACUCGAUAACAUGGCUGCUGGGACGACGGCUACCAAGUCCUGUUCAUCACAAGACUUGACUAAAACUGACCAGCAAAGAAGAGUUUCAGAGCUUCCUGGGAUACACAGCGGUGCUGGGACGGCAGCUUUAGUCGCGGCUGCYACUGCUAUCGCAGCAGGUCACGGCGGUGAUAAACCAAUAAUCAAACUUUCUCAAGCCAAGGAAGACGAACCCCAGACAGAGAAUGACACUAACCACGACACGAGGUCGUCUAAACUUAGCAAUGACACUAAAGAUACAAAUCAAACGCUUUCGCCCCAAGACUCAUGCACAUUGGGUUUGGGGUCAUGGGGGAAAAAGUCGGCAGAAAAACAUCACUUCCGUCGUCAUUCCAGUGGGUCAUUCGUGGCAUUCAAGGUUGCAAACGAACUGCCACCGUUACAACCGCGUUCAAAUUCGCAAAGAAAGAAACCUUCACUUGAUCAGUCGACGCUACUAAACGCGGCCACACCCAUCAGGACAGUCAAAAUGGUGUCCAUAAGAGAAAUAGCAUGUUAUUUGUCCAUGCUGGAGGGUGGGAAAGUAGAAGACAAGCUUGAAUUUGUUUUCAGAGUUUACGAUUCCGAUGGAAACGAGCUGUUAGAUGCCCAGGAACUUGAGUGCAUCACACAGCAGAUGAUGAAUGUUGCCCAGUAUCUUGGAUGGGAUGUGACUGAACUCAAACCUAUUCUGCGUGAUAUGUUAGUGGAGUUAGACGAUGAUUGUGAUGGCACCAUUUCAUUGGAAGAAUGGAUUAAAGGUGGCUUGACGACCAUUCCUCUCAGAGUUCUCUUAGGAUUAGAAACGCAAAUUCGAGACGAUGGUCAGCACCAGUGGCGCCAGAAGCAUUUCAACAGACCUGCAUACUGUAAUAUGUGUCAUAAUACACUGAAUGGAUUUGGUCGUAAACAGGGUUUACAGUGUCUAUUUUGCAAGUACACAGUGCACGAGCGUUGCGUUCAAAGAGCACCUGCUUCUUGUAUCAAUACUUACGUGAAGUCCAAAAGAACAGGCAAAAUGAGCAUGGAUCAUCAUUGGAUCGAGGGUAACUGUCCUGGAAAGUGUUUCAAAUGCAACAAGACCGUCAAGAGUAAUAAUUGUCUGACGGGGCUGCGAUGCGCGUGGUGUCAAAUGGUGACCCACAAUAGAUGUGCCACAAAUGUCGGUCCAGAAUGCAAUCUUGGACUUCACAGAGAUCACAUUCUACCUCCUAUUAGUAUUUCACCGGCAGGAUUGGAUCGAAAGAGGUCUAGUUCUGAUAUCAGUAGUCCAAAGAAGAAAGCUAAUUCUUACGCUAGUUUUGAGGGAAUGCCAAUGCAGAUUACACCUUUGCCGGGUACCCAUCCACUAGUCGUGUUUAUCAAUCCUAAGAGCGGUGGACGUCAGGGAUCAAGGCUUCUUCACAAAUUCCAGUAUCUACUGAACCCAAGACAAGUGUUUAAUCUUGGAGAAGGUGGACCAGCACCAGGAUUAAAAUUCUUCCAAAAUGUCCCCGCUUCUCGGAUUCUUUGUUGUGGUGGUGAUGGUACAGUGGGCUGGGUGCUAGCGACAAUAGAUCGCCUUCAACUUAAAGUUCGUCCUCCUGUUGCCAUACUUCCGCUUGGGACUGGUAACGAUUUGGCACGUUGUUUGAGAUGGGGUGGAGGUUACGAGGGCGGUAGCAUAUCGAAGUAUCUCUCACAAAUACAGAGAAGCUCAGUGGUCAGUCUAGACAGAUGGCAAAUUGACGUAUCAGAUGUUGUCACGUCAGAAGGCGGUGAUUCACCCCCACUUAAUAUCAUUAACAAUUAUUUCUCCAUCGGAGUGGAUGCAUCUAUUGGUCUUAAAUUCCAUUUACAACGCGAGAAAAAUCCAGAGAAGUUUAACAGUAGGCUCAAAAACAAGUUUCGAUAUUUUGAAUGUGGUACUGCCGAGACUCUUUCAGCCACUUGUAAAAACCUUCACGAAGCCAUUGAAGUCAUCUGUGAUGGUAUCCCCCUUGAAUUACCCCAACUGGAGGGCAUAGCUAUAGUGAACAUCCCYAGUGUGUACGGUGGAGCCAACCUUUGGGGAGACACGGACAAGAAGAAAAACAAGAAAUCACGUGGGAAAGGUGGAAGUCGUGAUAACGACCUCGCGUGGGCCGUCCAAGAUAUUGGAGAUGGUCAAUUAGAAGUGGUUGGACUUGAGAGUACACUUUAUGUUGGUCAAAUCAUUGGAGGACUACGGGCACACGGACUCCGGCUGGCUCAGUGCUCAACAAUCGAAAUCAAGACAAAGAGACUGUUUCCCAUGCAGAUCGAUGGUGAACCUUGGAUGCAGCCGUCGGCUACGAUUAAGAUAACUCACAAAAACAUGGUGCCAAUGCUUCAAGGUCCGCCACCGGCCAAGUCAUCCUUCUUCUUCAAAAGAAAACCGACCAGGGAUCCAGAACUAGAGAGUGAAAUCUACCAUGAGUCUACGACUGAUCCUAGUACCACAAGGGGUUGCCUGCCUGUCUUCUAACCACCGUUUUUUAGACCGUGUUUUUCGAGGAUAUCACAAUGGCAAGAUUUCAUUGUAUUUGAACGGUAACAUAUAUACAUAUUCACAAAUUAUAUAAACAUAGGCUAUAGUAUAUUCAGAGUAUAUCAGGGUGACGUCGUGAGGUGGGAGGGGAGGGUCAAAGGUAAAGAUAUAAUUAGUUAUAGUAUACAUGCCCAAAAUGGCCGAAAUGUUGUAAUAUAUACUCGCAUUGUUAGGCGUUGUAUACAAAUAUUUAUGAUUAAGUUCAGUAUUUGAACUUCCGUGAAUUAUAAAGACGUCAAUCAGAUAUGAUUGACAGUUUAGAUGUACAUUUUAAUUGGUUUCAGUAGAUAUUCCAUAGUCUUAGUUUCAAUGCAAAAAGUUGUUUUUAAUCAUUUAGGUGAGUUUUAAUUUCAUUCCGGUUAGGGCUCAAACUCGUACCCAUUCCUACUCGCGCUGUGAGCUUACAGUGCAUCAAUUUCCCAGAAGCCAUUUCAGGUUUAAAUUGUCUUCCAUUUAAGGAAUAAAUAAGGUCACGUCGGUACAAGUUUGACAGGGGUUAGUACUUAGGUCAUCGUGGUUUCCAUAGAGAUUUUUAAUAUAAUCUAGAAAAGAGAAUAGUUACAUCAGUGGGAUUAAUGACCCAUGACAGGGAAUCCGGAACGUGGAUUUAGGAUUCUGGAUUUUAUCAUAUUGGUUUCACAAUACAAAACAUCCUAGCUUUUUUUGUUGUCAGCGAUCCGUUUACAAUUAUGAAGUCAUUAAUUUAGAUUCCGGAUAAAUCUUGUUCUUUCCGGAUUCAGUUUCGAUCGCCGCGGAUUGCGGAUUUCAAGUGCCCAAAACUUUGACCGGGUUCCGGAUUCCUUGUCGUGGGGCAAAAUGAGUGUGUAAUACUCAUGAAAUAAACUUAAAAAAUAAAUAAAUAAAUCGUCCACUGUAACACGUCAUAGACGUCGUCCAUAGAUAUAGAAGUAUAUUUAUUAAUAUCGACUGCUGAGGUUCUUGUUUGCAUAGAACGAAACGAAGUAWCAUGCAUAUGACUUAAACUACAUUCCAUACUGUAUUCAGUGCAUUUCUUUGUUCAUUUUUGUGAAAACUUGUCACAAAUGACUGUAAAAAACAGUAGUUCUUCAGUGCACAAUGUGUUAAUCUGAUGAAAAAGAAUUCUAUUCCAAAAUCUGACAUUGUGUUUUGAUGAAAGUAUUUAAUGUCAACGUAAUGUAUUGUUUUUUGUUUAACUUUUCUAUAUUAAAAGUCAUUGCAGGAAGUUCGUUUUCGUAUCUCGUCCUCUUGGCAAUACAGUAUUCUUUGUUUCGUAACCUAUGCAAGCAAAUCAUCGCAUUCAUUUUAAAAUGACACUCGAGUCAUUGGACGCUUCUGGAUGAAAACAGCUUGAGUAUGCUUCAAUGUUUGAUCUAAUAGAAGCUCAUAGCGUUGUGGCGGCCAUCUUGAAUUUUGCUGUUACCUAUUGAAUAUUCACUGGGCGUAAUAGUAUGUCAUGGUCCAAGGGUCGAAACAGUACAAUUCAAGGUGGAUGUCAUACCAUUGAAAAUUUUAUUGAGCUUAGCUUAUUUUUGUCACUGCCAAUUUUCCCGCUUUAAGCAGAUMACGUGAUAUUGCUGUAUUGUGGCGGUUUGUGGUGCGAGUUUCUYAAAACAUUUUCAAAUCUCGUUCGAAAAGACAAGUAUAUUUCAAUGUUAAUCRUUGUUAUAAUUGAAAAAARUUAUCUUUUAACCUUACCCAUCUAAAACCCAGCAAAACACCGCACCACAGAUCGCUGCAAGAAAUCUGGUGUAGAAAAUUGUUGUGGAAACGUUGACCAGUUUUCACUAAAAUAGAUUGAGGUUGAGACAAGAAAUCAAGAGAGUAUUUAUCAAAGGAAUAUCAUAUAUUGUGUUGCUGUUGAGCAGCUUAUUGAUCAGGAGUUGAUUCUCCGUUACGUAGGGUAUUUACGCUAAGUGUACAACGCUGCGUUACGUAGACUGCAAAAUAAUCCUUGCGCAUCGCAGACAUGGAAYAGGAUAGUCCAGUACCGAAGUAGUACACUAGCGUAAGGAUUGUUUUAAAGUCUAUUGGCUAAUCAAAUUAUACGUAACGCUAGUCGUUGCACGUUAAAAGAGUUACACGAAUUGUUCUUAAGAAAUAAUUAUGUACGCCAUCAUGAAAACAAAUUGCCUACGGCAUGACUCAGUCACGCAGGGCUUUACGUAAGGAYGUAYGCAAGACGUUGCGUGUGGUGUCUGCAUCCAUAUUGAGAGCUUUACAAACGAUAACGCUGUUGACUAUUUGUUUASGUUUUUAGACGAGAUUCUUGUGUAGUGAAAGGUGCGUUUUCGUAACGUAAAAACGUUAACAGUUUCUACCGUUUGAAAGCGUUUCCGUAUGAAUGCAGUCCCAAUGCACAGUAMUGGGGUSGUACGUCCGUACGUAAUACGAUGAUUAUUACUGUUUAUUAAAUCAGUGAAACCAUUGUUGAA